AUGGAAAUGGACGUGUAUGAUGAGUUGUUAGCCGCAGCGCUGUUCAUCAUUUUUUCAACCUUUAUGCUAUGGGUAUUUCGAAAACUAUGGGCAGUUCGGAAGAGGAAAACUAUCAACGACACAUCUUCGAAAAGCGGACACUACUGGAGCCCUAUCGAACAUGAAGAGCAACACAACUACUGUUCCGGAUGUAAAGAGCAUAUCGUAUCGGGUUACGAAUGUGAUAACUGUCUUCUUAAAGUGGAUAAUAUAAACUGCCUCCGUUCGGUGUCUACAAAAAUUCAUUGCAAAGUCAAUCAGACGCUAUGUCGAAAAGAAACCUUUGACCAUCAUUGGAUUUGCGGAAACAUUGGUGCGGAUCUCUUCUGUGAAGUUUGCGAAGAACUAUGCGGCGGUGGUGUUGGUCUUCAAGAUUUUCGAUGUUCUUGGUGUUGGCGUGUUGUGCACACUAAGUGUAAACCUAAAUUCACACUUCACUGCGAUUUCGGACGCUUGGCACGGACAAUCAUCCCACCCUACUGUGUGACUACGAGGAAGCCAGGAAAUCGAAAUCAAAGAAUGGCUGUCAUAGACACCAUCGAAGUUCCAACCGAGAUCGCCAACUGGCGUCCAAUCAUGGUCAUUGUCAACCCGAAGAGUGGAUCUGGAGCCGGAAAGCAACUGCUGCGCAACUUUAGAGCUCAUCUCCACCCAGCUCAAGUUUGUGAUGUCCUCAAGUCCAAUAUAGCUGCCUCUCUUCGCUGGAUCGACGACCAUCCAGAAGUCGAAGUACGCAUUUUGAUUGCUGGAGGAGACGGAACGAUCUGCUCGGCCCUAGAUCAAAUCGACACACUCAGCCGACGAAUUCCGGUAGCCGUUUUACCUCUCGGCACUGGUAACGAUCUUUCCCGAUGGUUGAAAUGGGGCAAAAAAUGCGGCGGCGACAUCGACGUCAUCAAGCUGAUGGAAGACAUACAAGAAGCGGAGGUUACAUUCGUCGACCGCUGGACAAUCGACGCGGAAAGCCAGAAAAAACUUGGAGUACGAUUGCAGUCGAACAAAAAGCUGUCGAUGACCAACUACGUGUCGGUUGGAGUCGAUGCAUGCGUCACCCUUGGAAUGCAGAACACCAGAGAGUCGAUUCCAAGAGCCAUGAGCAGCAGACUACUCAACAAGUUCCUUUUCUUCACUUUCGGAACCAAAGAUGUCUUCGAGCGCGUCUGCAAGGGGUUGAACGAGCGUAUCGAGCUUUACUUGGAUGAUGUUCACGUCAACCUUCCAGACAUUGAGGGGCUCAUCUUCCUCAAUAUCCCAUAUUGGGGAGCCGGUGUAAAGCCAUGGGCUACUUACAACGACAGCCACCGCCAGGACUGCGACGACGAGACCAUUGAGGUGUUUGCCGUGACCUCAUCUUUCCACAUUGCUCAAAUGCAAAUUGGAUUGGCCAGCCCAUUGUGUAUCGGACAAGCCAAGCACGCCAAGCUGGUGUUCAAGGGAAAUCACUCGUUCCCAAUGCAAUCAGACGGAGAGGCAUGGGUCAACUCAGCCGGAACCGUGGAGAUCUCACACAAGUGCAAGACUGCGAUGUUGAGAAAGGCGGAGAAGCAGAGAAGCGGAUGUGGAAUGUUCUUCUAA